AUGCCGCCAUGCGGGCACAGGGGAGUGGAGCCGCGUGGCGAAGAGGAGGGACGAGUUUGGUUGAGGAGAAGGAGGAAAGCACAGAGCGUCACGUGCACAAUUCAGAGCUUCCCGCAAACGACCAUGUCCGUCGCCCGGCUGUUCCCCCAGGUCCAAACACGCGCCAUCUCUAGCUCUCCGUACGGACGGACCCACGUCUGGAAAAGGCGAAAGCCUGUUUUGCCCAACCCAGUUGUACCCAAAUUUCCCCAACGCGUGAUUCGCGCUGACGGGUCCUCAUUUCUCCACUGGACAACCUCUCCGCGGUCCCUUAUCCGCCUAACACGAGACACGACAAGCAAUCCUCUCUGGAAUACCGCAAUGUGGUCUGAUGGUCGCGGACUGGAAGAAGAAAGCGAGAGCACGGGUCGGUUGGGUCGCUUCAAUCGCCGGUUCGAGGGAAUCGGUGGAUCUGGCGAGAGUGUAGACUGGAUGGAAGGCGUAGAGAAGAUGCGGUCAAGUCAGCUUGGUGGAGAGCUCGUGCGGAAUCAUACAGACACGAAAAAGAAGGCGCCUCCAAAGAAAAAGUAA